AUAAAGGGCGACGCGGGAGCGCGCGGGGAGUGACGUGCACGGGAGGAGGGGACACAGGGCGAUAAGGAAGCGCAGAUGCCUGAAGGAACUCGCCUGGAAUCUCCUUUUGUAUUGUUUGUGGACGUGAUCAUGGUUGGCCGGUCCUAGAAGCAGACAGGUCUCUUCCGCUUGUGGCCGGGGUCUGGCGGUGAUGGUUACGUUCGGGUGCUGACUCCACGGUGGGGCUACGUCCUGCCGCUCCGGCUCCCAAGGACGACGGACGGAUCCUUACAACCUCGGGGAAAUACAUAGCCGCUUUGCCUUCUUUCCUUUGCACCUUUCCAGCUGGGUGACUGUUCAGUGAAGGGAAGUCAUGUCGGGGAGCCGGGAAGAGGAGCGCCGCAAACUGGCCGACAUAAUUAACCACUGGAACGCCAACCGGCUGGACCUGUUCGAAAUUAGCCAACCCACCGAGGACUUGGAGUUCCAUGGCGUUAUGAGGUUUUACUUCCAAGACAAAGCAGCAGGAAACUUUGCUACAAAAUGCAUCAGAGUUUCAAGCACCGCCACGACGCAAGAUGUCAUAGAAACCUUAGCAGAAAAGUUUCGGCCUGACAUGAGAAUGUUAUCCUCUCCUCGCUACUCUUUGUAUGAAGUUCAUGUCAGCGGGGAAGAAAGAAGACUUGAUGUUGAUGAGAAGCCUUUGGUGGUUCAGCUUAACUGGAAUAAGGAUGACAGGGAAGGAAGAUUUGUGCUCAAGAAUGAAAAUGACAUUAUACCUCCAAAGAAGACUCAGAGUAAUGGACCUGAAAAGCAGGAAAAGGAAGGUGUAAUACAGAAUUUCAAGAGGACCCUUUCUAAAAAAGAAAAGCGAGAAAAAAAGAGACGUGAAAAAGAAGCAAUAAAAUUAGCUGUGGAUAGCGAAGAUGGGCAGCAGUUUAAGGAUGACUUCGAGAACUCCCACUUUGCUGCUGAAGUUUACAAAGAUAUGCCAGAAACUAGUUUUACACGUACCAUAUCCAAUCCAGAAGUAGUGAUGAAAAGGAGGAGGCAGCAGAAGCUAGAAAAGAGAAUGCAGGAGUUUCGAAGCUCUGAUGGUCGACCAGACUCUGGUGGUACAUUACGAAUUUAUGCUGACAGUUUAAAACCCAACAUUCCAUAUAAAACCAUCCUGUUGUCCACAAAUGAUACAGCAGAUUUUGCAGUUAUUGAAGCAUUGGAAAAGUAUGGGAUGGAGAAGGAAAAUUCUAGCGAGUUCUGCGUUGCCAAGAUAGUGUUACCUUCUGGUACUCAACAUUCUGAUAAAGCUAUGAAAGAAACUAUACUAGAAGAUGAGGAGUGUCCUUUACAGAUAUUCCGAGACUGGCCAAGUGAUAAAGGGGAGCUUGUAUUUCAGUUGAAAAGGAGACCCAUAGACUACCUCUCAAAGAAGAACAGGAGAACAGAAGGAAAGGUUUCAAAGAGCAAGGAAAGAUUGGACACCUAUGGCUAUUCGCUUUCUCCAGACAAGCUACCUUAUUUGGUUGAAUUAAGUCCAGAUGGGUCAGACUCCAGAGAUAAGCCAAAACUUUAUCGACUUCAGCUGAGCGUUACCGAAGUUGGAACUGAGAAGCUGGAUGAGAAUUCAGUACAGUUGUUUGCACCAGGCAUACAGCCCCAUCACUGUGACCUUACAAAUAUGGAUGGCGUAGUGACUGUUACUCCAAGAAGUGUUGAUUCGGAUAUAUAUGUUGAUGGUCAGCGCAUCUCUGAAACCACAAUGUUACACAGCGGAAUGAAAGUGCAGUUUGGGUCAUCACAUGUGUUUAAAUUUGUGGAUCCCAGUUAUGAUCAGUCAGUGGAUAAAAGACCUUCAGAUACUGGACAAAUUGCUAGAGGACAAAGAAAUAAGUCUGGAGCUCAUGAAACGACGUUUGGAAUGGAAGAAGAGGGAUUAAGUGGACCAUUACUGCAAUCAAAUAAGAUGACCACUAAAGUGGAUAGUGAUAGGAUGCCAGGCACAACAGAACAUGGCAUGGUAAAACCAAUCAUCCGGCAAGAUAAGCUACAUGAAUGCCAAGGACUGAAUGGAAGAACUCAAAAGUCACAUGGAUCAGAUCAUGUAUUGCCUGCAAGUAUUGAGUUUAGAGAAAAUUCGGAAGACUCCUUCCUCUCUGCUAUUAUUAACUAUACCAAUAGUUCAACAGUACACUUCAAACUAUCACCAACAUAUGUGUUGUAUAUGACCUGCCGGUAUGUAUUGUCUAAUCAGUACAGGCCAGACUUCAAUCCUGCUGAACGUACUCACAAGGUGAUUGCCGCUGUAAACAAGAUGGUUAGCAUGAUGGAAGGCGUUAUACAGGAAGUAGACCAGGGUGACCAGAAGCAAAAAAAUAUUGCUGGAGCACUCGCUUUCUGGAUGGCAAAUGCAUCAGAGUUACUUAACUUUAUAAAGCAAGACCGAGAUCUCAGUCGAAUCACAUUAGAUGCUCAAGAUGUGUUGGCACACUUGGUUCAGAUGGCAUUCAAAUAUUUGGUGCAUUGUUUGCAGUUGGAGCUGAGCAACUACAUGUCUACAUUUUUAGAUGAUCCAGAAGAAAACCACUCUCAAAGACCUAACAUAGAUGAAGUUCUGCAUACUUUGACAGGAGCAAUGUCUCUUUUGAGGCGUUGUCGAGUAAAUGCGGCCCUAACUAUACAGCUUUUCUCUCAGCUAUUCCACUUCAUCAAUAUGUGGCUAUUUAACCGGCUGGUCACUGACCCCAACUCUGGCUUGUGUUCGCACUACUGGGGAGCCAUAAUUCGUCAGCAACUAGCUCAUAUAGAGGCAUGGGCAGAAAAGCAAGGUUUGGAGCUAGCUGCUGACUGUCACCUUAGCAGAAUAGUUCAGGCAACAACUCUUCUUACCAUGGACAAGUACACUCCUCAAGAUAUCCCCAACAUUAACAGUACCUGCUUUAAACUGAACUCGUUGCAACUGCAGGCUCUUUUGACAAAUUAUCACUGUGCCCCAGAUGAACCUUUUAUUCCUACGGAGCUAAUAGAGCAUGUCAGAUCAGUAGCUGAAAAUACUGCUGAUGAAUUGGCUCGCAGUGAUGGACGAGAAGUUCAGUUGGAGGAAGAUCCAGACCUACAGCUGCCUUUCCUGUUGCCUGAAGAUGGUUAUUCUUGUGAUGUAGUUCGAAACAUUCCUAAUGGUUUGCAGGAAUUUUUGGAACCACUGUGUCAAAGAGGUUACUGUAGACUUCUCCCUCAUCCUCGUUCACCUGGGACUUGGACAAUUUACUUUGAAAGUACUGACUGUGACACUCACCUCCUGACUGAAAACACAGACAUGCUGUUAAGAAAAGACCCUGAAAUGAUCACUGUGACUUUAAAGAAACAAAACGGCAUGGGAUUAAGCAUUGUAGCAGCAAAGGGUGCAGGACAAGAGAAGCUUGGUAUCUAUAUAAAAUCAGUUGUGAAAGGAGGAGCUGCAGAAGUGGAUGGGCGUCUAGCAGCAGGAGACCAGCUUCUUAGUGUGGAUGGAAGAAGUUUGGUAGGACUGUCUCAAGAACGGGCUGCUGAACUUAUGACCAGAACGGGUUCAGUCGUCACCCUUGAAGUAGCAAAACAAGGAGCAAUAUACCAUGGUCUAGCAACACUGCUAAAUCAGCCAUCUCCAUUGAUGCAAAGAGAUCGUCGUGGCUCAGGGAAACCUCGACCUAAAAGUGAGGGUUUUGAGCUUUACAACAACACUGGUCAGAACGGGUCACCUGAAAGUCCCCAAAUUCCUUGGCCAGAAUACUCCGAACCAAAGAAAUUACCAGCGGAUGAUCGACUGAUGAAGAACCGUGCUGAUCAUCGUUCCAGUCCCAAUGUAGCAAAUCAACCUCAAAGUCCAGGAGCUAAAAUUGCUUAUGGCAGUACAGCACCAGUGAAGUUCACAUCAGUCUCUACUGGAAAUUUGUGUAUGGAGGAACUACAGCUGCCGUCAAGACCAGAGGCCUAUCCAAUUCCAACACAGACAUAUACAAGAGAAUAUUUUACUUUUCCAAACCCCAAAUGUCAAGAUAGAAUAACUCCCGCAUCGGGUCAAUGGCCAGAUUUUGAAGAGAAAGUACAUGACCAAGUUGGAAAUGACCACUCUAGCAAUGCUUCCAUUCAGCGAGUUGCACAUUCCCAAGAGGAGUUAGGAGAUGAACUUGAAUUUCAAUCAGAACGCGGUCAUAUGGAGCCUGUGAUACGUAAAGAUUUGGAAUUUUUAGAAAGAAAGAUAGAUAAUAAAGAUGCUUGGAUGAGUCAUACCUCUACUAUGGAAUCUAGUACAUCCAGCCAAGAACAUCUAAACAGUUCUCUGCAAACAUAUUCUUCCACCUCAUCAUUAAACAAAACUGGUCCUGGGCGUUGGAAAACUCCAGUUGCAUCUCAGCCUGCUCCAGUUGCUGGUUCACAGCCUGUUAGAACAGAUGUUACACUACCACCACCACCACCACCACCUCAUUAUGGAAAUGAAUUUGAGAAUUUUGAGGGUGUUCCUGUACCACCACUAUCACAAAAUCAGGUGAGCUCUCAAUUAAACUCACAAGCUGCUGCAUUAGAGAGGAAAAAAAGAGAAGAACACCAGAGAUGGUAUGAGAAGGAAAAAGCCCGUCUUGAAGAAGAAAGAGAAAGGAAAAGACGAGAACAAGAGAGAAAACUUGGAAAAGUGCAGACCCAGCCUAUCGCCCCGCCUCAGGGUGUUAUUCCACAAUCUUCAGUACCAGUACCACCUCCAAAUAUAACACACCCAAAACCAGAGAAACCUGCAAGUUUUUCCCGUCCUCAAGAAACUGUUAUUCGGGAAUUGCAGCCUCAACAGCAGCCACGCACAAUAGAAAGACGAGACCUUCAGUAUAUUACUAUCAGCAAAGAGGAACUUUCUUCCACUGACAGCCUUUCUCCUGAUCCAUGGAAACGGGAUGCCAAGGAGAAGUUGGAAAAACAGCAACAAAUGCACAUUGUAGAUAUGCUCAGCAAGGAAAUCAAUGAGCUACAAAACAAAUCGGAGCGUUCUGUUGAAGAGAAUGAUAGGCUACGCAAAUUAAUGCUAGAGUGGCAAUUCCAGAAGAGGCUUCAAGAGUCCAAGCAGAAAGAUGAGGAUGAUGACGAGGAUGAAGAUGAUGAUGAUAUGGACGCCAUACUUGUUAUGCAGCGCCUGGAAGCAGAAAGAAAAGCAAGGUUACAGGAUGAAGAAAGGAGGCGGCAACAGCAAUUAGAAGAAUUUCGCAAACGAGAAGUUGAAGAGCGCAUGAGACAAGAAGAGCAACGAAGGCAUCAAGAGGAGGAGCGGACAAAGCGAGACGCUGAAGAAAAGCAGAGGAGGCAAGAAGAAGAGUAUUACAAUCGCUUGGAAGCAGAGAGGCGCAGGCAAAGUGAGGAAGCAGAACGAAGAUUACUAGGACCUGAAGAGCCUGGUCUGUACAGACCUCCACUUCCACGGGAAUAUGAACACACAUACCCACCCCUCCUGUCUAACGCUCCACCUCCCCCUCCUCAGCGAAACACUUCCUACCUCAAAACACAGACCCUUUCACCUGACACCGUUUACACUGCCAAGUUUGUUGCAUAUACUGAUGAUGAGGAAGACACUAACCUAGCAGGUCAGGAUAAGUACUCCAGCACAAGAAAGUCUUAUGGUAACCUCCUUCCAACUACAUCUAAGCCACAGCUGCCUGCUGCACGCCCACCUCGCCCUGUGUCCGAUGGCUUUUUUCUUUCAAAGUCAUUACAGCCAACUUCAGCCAAUGCCAACAGUACUGGUAGAAAAGCAGACCUGCCCCCUCCCAUAUCAGGUCAUCCAAGUUUUCUCCAACAAAGCAUCUCCAAAGGUGUGGUACUUGGAAACACUGAAAAGGAUUUAAGAGACAAAAGAUUGAAAAGUCAGGAAGGUGAUACUGGUGGAGCCCCAGAAAGCUUAACUUUUAAGGAACGUCAGCGUCUUUUCUCCCACGGCCAAGAUGUUUCAAACAAAGUAAAAGCCUCCCGCAAACUAAUGGAGCUGGAGAAUGAACUAAAUACAAAAUAAUACUGUAUUUUAUCACUGAAAGGCAUUUUAUGAGUUUAUAGUAUGAACAUUUUUCUUAAUGAUAGAUCUUUGGGGGAGAGAGGUUCAUGGUUAAAGGGGAGAAAUAUAUUUUUUCUGUAAAGAACAAUUUUAUGAUUCAUUUAUUCAACUAUUCAUGUGGUAUUUAGAAAUAAUGCAAUAAUAAAAAGCAUUUUUCCAAUUCUUAAAAUUGUGAAAAUUAAGAUACUUAUAGAUCUAUAUGCACAUACAUACAUAGAUGUGUCCUUGCUUACCUUUCCUUUUGGUCCAAGAUAUCCAGAGAAGAGUGGCAUGAGACGAGCCCAUAUUUUUUUCUUCUGGCUGGUUCUCACACCAAUCAUCUCAUGAUGUCGCUAGCCAAGAGGAGUAUAUAAAAUCAGAUUGUAAUUGCCACAUGGAAACAACUGUUUUGCUAAAUAUUACUGCAUCUUUGUAUGGUAAAUGAUUUCGGAUAACGGUUUCUCGGAUAAUAAGCUACAGAGGAAAAAUAUCUAAAACCUGAAGUCUUGAUUAAAUUCUCCCAUACCUCUAGUUAUGGAUUUUACCUUGGUGGUGUAUACGUACAUAAAUAAUGCAGUUAUGACACAAUAAGUAGACUAUAUGAUGACUCUAAACUUCACAUUUUUUUUUUUUAUAACACUAAGUACAAGGGGUCUAAGGCUUUUGUUUAGAUUUUUCUUUUGUUAAAUAUGCUCAGAGCCUGAGAGCAGAAAGUAAGAUAUAUUUUCAUAUGUUGCACAAAUGAAAUGGUUAUUGAUAAGUGUGCUAUACACAUUAUACUAUAAGAAAAUAUGGGGUUCAGUAAACAUCCUAUUGCUGUUCCAAAAAUUAAAGAAAUCACAUUUUGGAGAUUGUGUUUAUGGAAGCAAUGGAAAUAAAUCUUUGAUUUGUUAGUCACUGACAUUUUGUAAAUUUAAAUAACCUGGACAUCCAUCAUGUAAAAUGUAAAACGGUUAAUGAUAAUUAAAAUGGAUAUAUGGAUUGUAGGUCAGCUGGAUUUUUACUGUUCUCAUUGGAAUUGUUUUGCAUUAUGUUUAUGACUUCCUUUAAAAAACAAAAACAAAACACACAACUUGUCAGAUUAAGUGUUAAUUAUUGCUGUGGGUAUCCACUCACACUUAACUUUUUGCUCUUAGUAAUAAUCUGUUACUGAUGUAGAGAUGUUCUUGAAAUAAUUCCUCUGCACUCACAGACACAAGUGAUGCUUCAAAAUGGUUUAAUUUGAAAGUGGACAGAAGAUAUAUAAUAAACAUUUUCAAUCUGUCAAAAACAUCUGUCCCCAGUGUGGACUAUGGAAUCAUUGGCAUUUGUGCUAUGUACUGCAUGACGUAGUCGAUACUAGAUUGCAGUACACCGCACCACUGUUUCCACGUCAGUGACAGAUGCUCUUGAUAAAGGUCUGUUGCUGAUGAAAUAAACAUAAAUGAGCAUUUAUCUCCUGUCCAUAUUCAAUUUGUCAGAAUAAAGUCAUCUUGAAGCAUCCUUUAUCUUUCAGAACAGUGGGAUUGUUUUGAGUGCUUGGAACCGCUAAGCUUUCCACCUACUACAGUACAGUUGUGCAGACUUUACUGUACUUUCUAUAUUGAAGUACAAAUAAAUCUGUUGUACACAAAACAUGUCACAGUAUUCUAAUACUGUUGACAUCUCCAUUGUGGUUUACACUACAUCCUAGAAUUCAUACAGAAUAUUUAGAAGUUAUCCAGUCUCGGGACCAAUACUGUUUAGCCAUACACUACAGGAAUUUCAUUUAAAGGGAGUCUUUCAGGUAGUUAUCACUAAUCUAACUACAAGCACACAGCGGGGAAGUGCUGCAUCAUCAUGAUGUCAAUCCAGAGAGGGGGAAGCAAUCAGAGCUUGGAGGAGGAACACACAGCAGAGAAGGGUGGUGAGGUUGGGCACUUUCAAAAGCAAAGCCAGUCCCACUGGGCACUUGCGUGCAGUUUUUCAUAGGAUUAAAAGCUCUUUUCCUAGACAUUCAAUAAAGAGUCAAAAUGAUAUAAAAGUAUGUUUAGCAGGCUUGUACAACUUUAGGAUUGCUGGUAGUUUGUGAAUACUGCCCGACAGACUUGUUUUAAGUCUAAUUGCAAAAAUUUGUAUUGUUGACAUUACAAUUUAUAGAAAUACCAUAAUAGUAGUAGUAAUCAUAAGCUGUAUGCUUAAUUGGUUUUCUAAUACAAGAAAAUAUCCAACUGGUUGGAUAACACGUACUGAACUCUGUUACCAUGAGAGAUCAGCUCCAUGUAAGCCAUAAGUCAGCAUACCAAUGAUACAUAAUGAGAUCAAUAUUUCUCAAAUUUAGGUAAAUUGCAUAUUUUAUUCUGUAUAGCAGUGGUCACCUCACAUGACUUGUGAUUCAUUGGUUAAAAUACAUCAUUUUCCUGAGUUUCGUAUUUAAAGUACAAGGAGAUUAGGCAAGUCCUGCAAGUUGUAGUAUGCAUUCACUUCACGAAAAAUACUAAGACGUGAUCAUGUUAGAACUCCAAGUCUAGUCAACUACAAUAAAACUAUACCUGAAGUGUUAUUUGGGUAGAAGUAUGGUAAGCAUAGCACAUCCACAUCACACUGUACUUUUUGACAGUUUGUGCAUAAAGGGGUUGUCUGGAUUCGCCUUUAAUAAAGAAUAGAUAACUACCUGAGAGAUCCUACAUCGGUUCUGCCAUCCAGGCUCUGUUUACUUUGGGUCAGUGGUCAUGUCACAUCAACAACAGGUGGCUGCUGCAGCCAACCACUGGGCUGAAGUGACUGGCUGCAGUGGUGAUAUGUUGUCGACUUGAUGGCACCACUGUAGGCAGGAAAACACAAGCCCGCCAGGAGAACCGGAGCAGUGGCAAAUAAUUAUUUUUAAUUUAUUUUUUUAUUUUGAAACCGGACAGCCACUUUAAUGUAUACAACACCUUUUUUUUUUUUUUUUUUUUUUUUAUGCAUACUACUGAUUUUGCACUAAAAAUCUUGUCUUCAUUUGGUCUUUAUUAAACAAUUUCAACAGCUUUUCCUCUACAGUUUUCAGUUUCACUGUAUCUGCAGAUUGCUGUAUCUCCUCCUGUGAAUCUGUCUCACAGCAGCUCUAAUGACUUGAUCGGUAGCCCUCAUCUCCAGUUCAACAGCUCAUAAACAUUGUUAAGCCAUAUUCUUGUCAAAUUUAUAAGAAUAUGGCUGGAAUGAGUGUUUAUGAGCUGUCGGCAAACUAGAGAUCAGGGCUGUGAGCCAUCAGAACAGCUGUCUGGAUUCACUAAAAAGGAGAAGCAUGAUCGGUCAAUGCAGUGAAACUGAAAAUCGUUUCAGAAAAACUGUUGAAAAUGUUUAAUAAAGGUCAAUUUUCAAUCUUUAGCCCAGAAUAAUUAAAAUGCAGUAAUAAAAAUAUGUUUAUUGAAGAUGAGGAGUCUGUCUGCAUUCGGAACAACGUCUAUUUCAUAUAAUGCCAUGUAUGUUGUUGCUAAAGCACAAUUUUGGUCUUAACAUGAGCGCUGGUUUGCACGAGGGCUAAAAUGGGAAUCAUUUUUAUCAUGUUUCUUUUCUGGUAAGAAAAUAUAAGUCACUUUAACAUGACAGUAUUUUCGGUCAAUAUUUAUUGCAGAAUGUUUUUUAGGUUUACAAAUACUGGUAGAAAAUACUAAUGGAAAAUAUUGACCAAAAUUGCGUAUGAAUGCAUCAGUUCUGCCUGAGGACAUAAUCGGGCAAAGUAUAAUUUUGCUUGUUGCAGUGUACUUAAAGGUGAUUAUAAAUGAAGAAUAUAUUUUAUUGCUGUAUAAAGGCUUGUUUCUAAGCAAAAACAACAUUCAAACAUUUGAAGCAUAUAUUUGCAUCACUUAUCUUUGGCAUACACCAUGCUUUUCAUAAAUGUUCCUUAUUAAUGAAAAAUGUCAACUGCUGUAAUUUCCAAUUUCUACUGUAUUUUACUUGCAAACUGUUUUAAUAAAGUUUGUAUGUAACUAGG